CUCCCGAGCGCGGGCUGCGCCGCCCGAGCCUCUGGGCUAGGCAAGCACCGGCCGUUCGCUCCGGGGCCCGCUCCUCCGGGCGCUCGCGGGCAUGCAGCCCGGGAGCUGGCGGCGCGCCCCGGGCCGCUGCUGAGCCGGCCUGGGCAGCCCGGACCCGCGCCCGCCGAGCCCCGCCACCUCGUCCCGCGACUCAAGAGCGGCGCCCGGCACCCCCACUUCGCCGCAGCCCCACCAGCGCCAUCCCCCGCGGGCCGCAGGGGCUCAUGCAGCCGCCAAGGGAGAGGCCAGUGGUCACAGGACGAGCUGGAUGGAUGGGCAUGGGGAGAGGGGCAGCGCGCUCAGCCCUGGGAUUCUGGCCGACCCUCGCCUUCCUGCUCUGCAGCUUCCCGGCAGCCACCUCCCCGUGCAAGAUCCUCAAGUGCAACUCUGAGUUCUGGAGCGCCACGGCGGGCAGCCACUCCCCAGCCGCCGACGAUACCCCCGAGUUCUGCGCGGCGCUGCGCACCUACGCGCUGUGCACACGGCGCACGGCCCGCACCUGCCGGGGCGACCUGGCCUACCACUCGGCGGUCCAUGGCAUCGAGGACCUCAUGAGCCAGCACAACUGCUCCAAGGAUGGCCCCACGUCCCAGCCGCGUCUGCGCACGCUGCCACCGCCGCCCGGGGACAGCCAGGAGCGCUCCGACAGCCCCGAGAUCUGCCACUACGAGCGGAGCUUCCACAAGCACUCGGCCGCGCCCAACUACACGCACUGCGGCCUCUUCGGGGACCCGCACCUCCGGACGUUCACAGACAGCUUCCAGACCUGCAAGGUGCAAGGUGCCUGGCCACUCAUCGACAAUAAUUACCUGAACGUGCAGGUCACCAACACACCUGUGCUACCCGGCUCUGCCGCCACCGCCACCAGCAAGCUCACCAUCAUCUUCAAGAACUUCCAGGAGUGUGUGGACCAGAAGGUCUACCAGGCCGAGAUGGACGAGCUGCCGGCCGCCUUCGCCGACGGCUCCAAGAACGGCGGGGACAAGCACGGGGCCAACAGCCUGAAGAUCACGGAGAAGGUGUCGGGCCAGCACGUGGAGAUCCAGGCCAAGUACAUCGGCACCACCAUCGUGGUCCGCCAGGUGGGCCGCUACCUGACUUUCGCCGUGCGCAUGCCCGAGGAGGUGGUCAACGCCGUCGAGGACCGGGACAGCCAGGGCCUCUACCUGUGCCUGCGCGGCUGCCCCCUCAACCAGCAGAUCGACUUCCAGGCCUUUCACGCCAACGCCGAGGGCCCCGGAGGCCGCAGGCCCCCGGCGGCCGCCAGCCCCGUCCCCACGGCCCCCGACACCUUCCCCUACGAGACGGCCGUGGCCAAGUGCAAGGAGAAGCUGCCGGUGGAGGACCUGUACUACCAGGCGUGCGUCUUCGACCUGCUCACCACCGGGGACGUGAACUUCACGCUGGCGGCCUACUACGCACUGGAGGACGUCAAGAUGCUCCACUCCAACAAGGACAAGCUGCAUCUGUACGAGAGGACUCAGGAGCCCCCGGGCCGGGCCGCAGCUUCCAGGCCACCCCCGGUGCCCCGGCCCCUGCUGGGCGGGCUCCUGCUCCUCACCUUGCUCCCCGCCUUCCUGGCGGCCCUGGCCGCGUAGGGCAGAGAGCUGGGCGCACAGCCUGUCCCUGAACCCCGGGUCCCCGCUGGCGUCAGGAGGUGACCACUGGCCGGCGGGCAUUGGGACUUUACCUCAGAGCUGCCUUGGGCUGAUGGCCCAGGGCUGGGGUGUGCGGGCGCCCCUCGCCUGCUCUGGGGCCUCUGACAGGUUGUGGUGACUAGUGCUGUGAUGUUGGUGGAACUAGCCGGCCCCGCUGUGUGAAUGUGCAAAGCAGCCCCUCAGGCCGCAGCCCCCGCCCCGCCAGGGACACUGGGAGUGGUUGGGUCCAGCCCCCGCCCCUACCAUGCACUGAAAAGGCCACCAGGCCAGCACCUGCCCACCGGCCGCGCGCGCGCACACUUACACGAGCACACUCGCACACACCACGCCUGCAGGGCCAGCCGGCCACAAGGCUGGGCCCAGCCCAGGUCUCCUUACCCCUGGGGCUUCGGGACACCCGCAGGGCGGCCGGGCAUCUUCCAGAAGUCGAUGUAACCCUUUGGCCAAAAGGUGCCCUCCUGGUGCCUUGCUGCCCGGGGCCUCCGUGGGGGCCAAGGAAAGGCCAUCGUGCGCACCCCAGCUGCUGUGGCACGGGUUCGGAGCUCAGGCCAGCACCCCACAGCUGGGGACCAUGCAUGUUGGCGCGUGGUCUGAACAAUGCCACUCGUGGGGCCAGGCGCCCUCUCGGGCUCCUUCCCCACCCCCAUUCCCCACUGAGCUUAGGAAGUCAAGUCCUCGUGUCUAAAUGUCUAAACAGAAGCGACCCCGUGACCUCUGUCCCUUCCUUUCGGGCAGGGCCCUGAGCCAGGGAGUGUGGGCCGCAGGGCCUGGCAGGAGACCAGUGGACGGGGCCAGCUGGCCUGCCCUGAUCCUCUGCUCUCUCCCCACUCCUGUCCCGAGCCUCCUGCCUCUCCCUCACCCAUGUCUGCAUUCUGGGGAGAGCAGUGGGGUCUAGAAGGCCUGAGCACCCCUGGCCCAGUCCCUUCUUCACAUCCUGAGACCGCACAGCCAGGAGACAAUUGCUACUGGUUGCUGCUCCUGUCCCCCGCUGGCCCAGGCUGCCUGACCGUGGAGCCCCAAACUAGCCCCACGUGUGCUGCUGGUGCAGGGGCUCCCCCCACCCCACCCCACCCUGAGGGAGCAGCACCCAAAGGUGCAGCCCCAGCAGGCCAUCCUCCCAGAAGCCCUGCCGCCCCGCGCUAUCCUUCCUGCCCAUCGGGCAGCCCCUCUGUUGUCCCCAGGGACCUCUCAUACACUGGCCCGGGAGGCUGCGGACUUGUCCGGCCUCCCCCUCCACGAGGUCCCCUCUGCCGAACCA